AUGCUGUUGGCGUCAGAAAAUGCCAGCGUUGGUUUAAAGCAAAUUGUUACCGGAGAUGAAAAAUGGAUGCUUUAUGUUAAUCUGAAGAGACGGCCACAAUGGUUGGACAAAAGCGAAGCGCCGCAGCCCACACCAAAGCCUGACUUGUAUGUGAAAAAGGUGAUGUUGUGUGUUUGGUGGAAUUUUAAAGGAAUUCUUCAUUAUGAACUCUUACCAAUCAACCAAACCAUUACAAGUGAAGUAUAUAGUGCACAAUUGGAAAGGUUAGACCGAGCUUUGAGAGAAAAAGAAACUGCGCUGAUUAAUCGGAAGGGCGUAAUUCUUCAUCACGAUAACGCACUACCGCAUACUGCAAGAAUCAUGGCGGAAAAAUUACGCCAGUUGGGAUGGGAAGUUCUCCCACAACCUGCAUAUUCUCCAGAUAUUGCCCCAUCCGAUUAUCAUUUGUUUCGUUCCUUGCAAAAUUUUCUUCUUGGAAAACAUUUCAAUAAUGAAGAGUGCCUCAAAAACGUCUUGAUCGAAUUUUUUGAAUCAAAAUCACAAGAAUUUUACAAUAGAGGGAUUAAGAGCGUUGGGCACAAGUAG